UAUGCACCAAACGUCGAUCAGAUCGGUCACCAUGAACGGUAAGUGCACGUCCACGCUCAUACAACAUGUAGGAAAUGAUGAGAUGUUUUAAUCUGAUUCCUCUCUGUCUCCACAGUUGUUCCUGGUCUCGUUUUGAUGCUGCUAAAUGUGCGUUUGAGCCAUUCUUGUGAAGAAGUGGGAGAGAUUUUGUUCUGCAGGGAGAUACCACCAGCUUUCAGCCCUGGUUAUUCAUCUCUGGUGAUGUCUAUGAAUGAUGUUGGGGUGAUAAACUCCACCGUGUUACGCAGCGACAACCUCGCCUCUGUGACCAUGCUCAGGAUCAGAGACGCUGGCGUCACAGGGAUCGCUGAAGGGGCCUUCAGUUCUUUCCAGAACCUCAGAAACGUCAGUUUAAACCAGAACUUGCUGAAAGAGAUCAACCCAAACUGGUUUGGUCGGCCUGAUGUCCUCAGCGAGCUCAUUCUCACAGAAAACCAAAUAGAAGUUGUGAACGAGUCCAUGCUUAACGGGCUCAUUAAUCUCACAACACUCCGACUGAGUAAGAACAGGAUCACAAGUAUUGCCCUAAAUAGUUUUAGCUCCCUCGUCAUCUUGGCUGAGUUGGACUUGUCUGGGAACAGGAUGACUCGGGUCUCACCUCAGGUGUUCAGGUCUCUCAGAUCCACCCGGAUCAGACUAGAUGGGAACCCCUGGGACUGUUCCUGUGGCGUCGAGGACUUUGUCGACUUCCUAAAAGAUCUACAAAGCAUAUCUCUGCUGGACCGACAGAUGGAGACGACCUGUGAGAGUCCUCCAUCUCUGAGGGGUCUACCUGUGUGGAACGUGUCGGUGUGCGUGACGUCACUUCCAUCAAGACCACCGUCAGGGACGCAAACCGUCCGCCCCAAACCCACUGACAUCCUCACAGCAGGCCCUGCAUCCACAUCUGCAGCUAAUGUGACAUCACCUCCAUCAGUGACGCAGAUCUCUGUCCAUCCUAAACCCUCUGACCUGCCCAGCACUUCAUCUACUGAAUCUACACCCACUGGAACAACCAAAACCUGUGUGACAUCACGACCAUCGUCGGAUACAAAUAUUGUCUGCAUGCUCGUUGUCGUGAUCGUGGUUCUGUCUUUGCUCCUGUUCGUGACGUGUUUCCUGGCGGUGCUGCGUCGGAGGAAACGCAACAGCAAAACUGUGAUGCCUGAAGAAAAGAGGAAUGAGUUGAAAGAGGACGGCAGAUCCAGUCGUGCUCCGUCUCCAGGAUGCUCUGAGGAGAAAAGAGAGAACAAUCACUGGGACUCAGAGAUGGGAUGGAGGAGAUCCUUCACUGGAAUCAGAGCAAAGUCAGCUAAUGCUAUUCUCUUAAUGUCUCCUUUUUGUGCCCCCGUGAAAGAUAAAGUGACUUUACAAACUGAGACUGAGGCUCAGUCAAAAGAGGCAGAAAAUCCAGAUGAAGGAGAGCAGAAACUGGGAGAUGAAACUGAAGUAGAUGGAGGAGUUGAGACGGAUGUUGGUAGAAAUCUAGACGAAAACUCCCACCAUGUUUCUGUCAACGCUGACGCUGUGCCUUAUCUGAGCAUCGGUACAAACCAGAAUAAACCCAGCCCUGAUGAUUUCAACAAGCAGUCCACUGACGGUUCAGGUCAAAGAUCACAGACGGGAAAAGUUCUGGGGAGGAUCUCCACCUGGCCUCCGACUGCAGUUCAGUGGCGGGCGAGAUGUAAAAUGAAGGAGGAGGAGGAGGAGUCUGAUGUCUUCACCGUUUGGACACCAAAGUUUCAAGAUGAGGUGAAGAAAGAGGAGCAUCCCUCUGGUUCGGACCAAAAGGGAGAUGACAUUGAGAAAAUUCAAAUUGAAGAUCCCCUAAAAAUGACUGUAGCUCACAUGAAGUUUCAGACCUCAAACCCAAAUGACAAGAGCACUUCUCUCAGUGAGGCUCUUACCCACACUGACACAAGGCCAGAGGAGCAGCUAAAGAAGGAAGAGGAGACGAUCCAGGACCCUGUCAGUGUGAGACGGACCCAAAAUCUGAACCAGGACCUGAAAUCUGCAGAAAAUCCUGCACACAAGAAGAGCAGCAACAAGACAGAACAGAGGAAUGAGCCAAAGCGAGCUGUGACGAGCAGACAGACCGGCUCAAAGGCUCCCUCUGGUGGCGUCUCGCCAGAUGAUGAGACGCUGCUGUCUGGCAACGAGUACGCCUUGGACCUGCUGCAUGAAGUGGUGCAGAACAACGGCCGCUGGACCAGAGAGAGGUGGAAGAAGAUGCAAGUCAAGAGGCAGCGGUGUCCGGACAGAGGUACCGAAGGAGUUUAGAAAGAGAUUCACUCAAAGUUUAAAGACACUAAAUAUUGUAGUUUUAUUCUGUCACUCUUUAAGUUAAAAUCACAUUACUUAUUUUACCUGCUGCAGUUAAAAAUGUCAACACUUAAAGGAACAGUUCGACAUUUUGGGAAAUAUGCUUAUUCGUUUUCUUGGUGAGAGUUAGAUGAGG